AUGUAUUAUGUGAAAAACUAUUUCGUGUUCUUGUUAACAUUUAGUUUAUUUGCUCAAAACUCGCUCGGGUUUUCACCAGUCAUUUUAAUUCCUGGUGAUGGAGGCAGUCAACUGGAGGCUAAAGUUAAUAAAACGAAUGUCGUGCAUUACAUUUGUGCUAAGACCUCAAAUGAUUUCUACAAUGUAUGGCUCAACUUGGAACUGCUGGUACCUUUUGUGAUAGAUUGUUGGAUAGACAAUGUACGACUGGAAUACAACAAUGUUACACGAAAGACAAACAACCCUCAAGGGGUGGAGAUCAGGGUACCAGGCUGGGGUAACCCAGAACCUGUCGAGUGGUUAGAUCCAUCACAUGAUUCCGAGGGCGCUUACUUCAAUACCAUCGGAGAUGCUUUAGUCAAGAUGGGUUAUGUAAGAAAUGUGUCUCUGAGAGGGGCUCCAUAUGAUUUCCGAAAGGCACCAAACGAGAAUGGUGAGUUCUUUGUGAAGUUAAAGACUCUUGUAGAGGAAACAUAUGAAAUGAAUAACAAGACAGCGGUGACACUGCUAGUACACAGCAUGGGAGGGGCAAUGGCGCUGCAAUUUCUUCAGCUGCAAAGCCAGAGCUGGAAAGAUCAGCAUAUACGGAGAAUGAUCUCCCUCUCAACACCCUGGGGAGGUGCUGUGAAAGCACUCAAAGUAUUUGCUAUAGGUGAUGACCUGGGCUCUAUGAUGCUGUCUCCCAGUACCCUGCGGGCUCAGCAGAUUACAUAUCCCUCGUUAGCCUGGCUGCUGCCGUCAGCUCGUCUGUGGGGCCCUCACGAGCUGCUUGUCACCACCGACAAGUACAACUACACCAUCAAUGACCUGCAGAAGCUCUUCAAUGACAUGGAGUUACCGAACGCGUGGGAGAUGCGUCGGGACACAGAGAAGUACUCCAGCGACGUGGCCGCGCCGGGAGUCGAGCUACACUGUAUAUAUGGAUAUAACAUCUCUACUGUCGAGAGACUGGACUAUAAGCCCGGCACUUGGUUGGACGGCAAGCCUAACCUGGUGUUCGGUGACGGCGACGGUACGGUCAACCUGCGCUCACUGUCAUACUGUGAGCGGUGGGGAAAGACGAGGCGGCGGGGGGGCCUGUGGAGGGCCUUCCAACGAGGAGGCUGGGCCCCACAGGCCUCGCUCAAGGUCUUGCCACUUAGCAACGCUGAACAUCUCAAGAUACUCCACGACCCUCGCGUGGUACAAUACAUCACCACCGUCAUGGCCCUACCGUAA